AUGGAAUCGACAAUGCUCUGGUCCAAUAACACUGGACCAUUGUCAAACCUCCGCGUGUCUAAUUCGGCUGUUGAGGCCGUCGCUUUCCAAGCCGGAUUCUUUGCUUUUGCUACCCCAGAUGCGAGAGCUUCGGUCAAGUCGUUUCUCGAGGAGCUACAAAAGACACGGCUUCAGGAAACGGCACCAACCCUUGACCUUGCUGUCCAGGCUGUGGGCUUGGCUUUCUGUGCGACUGUGUCGAGAAACAAAUCAGCUGCUGAGAAGGCAACCGAAUUAUACAUCAAGACGCUCCGGGGUCAUUCGAGGGCAGUCGCGGCAAGUUCAAGAUCCAUUGUGCCUAAUGUAUGCACAUCAGUGAUGCUGUCUUUCUUUGAGGCUAUCCAACCCACCAUCUUGAUGUCGGAUGCAUAUGGGAUGCAUUUAUCUGGUGCUUGGAGGAUGCUGAUAGCUGCAGGUGAUAUCAGCACGCAACCGCUUUUAUGGCAAGCUGCCAAUCAUUGUCUAUGUCAACAGUUGCUAGCAAUGCUAAUGUCCCCACGCUCCUACUUAUCCAAUGCUUCAGACACCUGGCCUGUGUUCGAACAUCUCUGUAGCCAAUAUACCGCCGCUGCAGACUUUGUAUUCGAUCGUCUACUUGUGGAGCUAUAUGUCUUAGCCGACUUCUACAUCAGAAAAAGCUAUCAACAUAAAUCAGCUCGCUAUCCAAAAGACGCACCGUCAAAGCUUGACAACCUGUGGAAAGAGUUUCAGGAGGUCCAAAAGAGCCUAACUGAUGAGCAAAAAGACUCCUUCAAGGGCGUGAUGACGCUAACGCUCUCCUACUUUGCCUGCUCAUGGAUACUCAUUGCACUGCUUCAUACGGAAACUCAUACUCUUCAAUCUGAAAUAGAUCUCCGUCAAGGCUGCGAAAUGGUCUUGAACUGUGUCAAGCUCCUCAAAGAGAGAAAGUCGACCUGCGUCCAUGUCAGGCUCUUCUUUCCUCUGGUAAUCGUACAGCUAUACAGCCCUAUCGAGGAUUAUCGUACGCAGGCAAAGGAUUAUAUUGAGACGUGGCUACGUAAGGCUGUGUAUAAUGGUCUUGGUGCACCCAAUGCUAUACAGAUAACGACAACGGAGGUCUGA